AUGAACCAUCAGAAACUUAACAUGCAGAAGAAGCCUUCAAGGUGUAGUGAAUGUGGGAAAUUCUUUACUCAGAGGUCGUCUCUUACUCAGCACCAGAGGAUUCACACGGGAGAGAAGCCCUAUGUAUGUAGUGAAUGUGGAACUUGUUUCCGUAAACAGUCAAAUCUUACUCAACAUUUGAGAAUUCACACAGGAGAGAAACCUUAUAAAUGUAAUGAAUGUGAGAAAGCCUUUCAAACAAAAGCAAUCCUUGUUCAGCAUCUGAGAAUUCAUACUGGAGAGAAACCCUAUAAAUGCACUGAAUGUGGCAAAGCUUUUUGUCAGAGCCCUUCCCUUAUCAAACAUCUGCGCGUUCAUACUGGAGAGAAACCUUAUAAAUGCACUGAAUGUGGCAAAGCCUUCAGUCAGAGCAUUUGCCUUACUCGUCAUCAGAGAAGUCACUCUGGAGUUAAACCUUAUAAGUGUAAUGAAUGUGGGAAAGCCUUUAAUCAGAGUGCAUGCCUCAUGCAGCAUCAGAGAAUUCAUUCAGGAGAGAAGCCCUACACAUGUACUGAGUGUGGCAAAGCCUUCACUCAGAACUCUUCCCUCGUUGAACAUGAGAGAACUCACACUGGAGAGAAACUUUAUAAGUGUAGUGAGUGUGAAAAAACUUUCCGCAAGCAAGCACACCUUAGUGAACAUUACAGAAUCCAUACUGGAGAAAAACCUUAUGAGUGUGUUGAAUGUGGGAAAUCCUUCAGGCACAGCUCAGCACUUGUUCGACACCAGAGGCUUCAUGCUGGAGAAUAAAACUUGGGAUAUAACCCAUGUGGAAAGAUUUGUAUGCAAAUGCCACCCCCCCCCCAAAUUCUUAGAUAUUGAAGACUAAGUCUUCAGCUGGGAUGAAUGUUCUAUAUGUUGAGCAAGAGGCAGUGUGUCCUGAAAGUUAAGAAAAUAGAUCAGAAUUAGAGAGUCUUGAGUUUGAUGCCUUCUCUGCCACAUAAUGGGUGUACGACCUGAUUCUGAGCCUGCUUUCCCCAUCCUCCUCAAAAGAAUAAUGACGAUAUUUACUAGGGUUAUCUUUAAAACUUUUUUUUUUUUUAACGUUUAUUUAUUUUUGAGACAGAGAGAGACACAGCAUGAAUGGGGGAGGCUCAGAGAGAGGGAGACACAGAAUCUGAAACAGGCUCCAGGCUCUGAGCUGUCAGCACAGAGCCCGAUGCGGGGCUCAAACUCACGGACCGCGAGAUCAUGACCUGAGCCGAAGUCGGCCGCUUAACCGACUGAGCCACCCAGGCGCCCCUACUAGGGUUAUCUUGAGAAUAAAAUGAGUUGUAUGUAAUAAAUAACUGCCAUUAAUUGGUUUUGAGUUAUAGAUGUUCCAAAAAUAUUUAAAUCUGGCUACUGAAAACAAGCAAUGUUCAGCAUUACUGUU